ACCAUGUAAAUAAACAGCUAGAUUGUGGGUGAAUUGUGUUUGUGCCAUACACAUACUGCCAGAAAUCCGUGAACUGCGUCGCUUAUCGUAUAAUUCCAGCCCAAUAGGAAAAGUUAGCGAUCGAAUUGGUCAGCACUACCACCGGAUAGACCUGUAAUAAUGUCGACGAACCCAAGACACCAGCGACCCGCGUCCGAGGACGUACAGAUCUCUAUGGGCGGAUCCGGCGGAGGAUCCGGCGACGGCGUGCCGGACAGACUGCCACCGGUUAGCGAGAAGGAUCAGCGCUUCCCCUACUGCAUCGUUUGGACGCCCAUUCCGGUGCUCACCUGGCUGCUGCCCAUGAUUGGGCACAUGGGCAUUUGCACCUCGGCCGGGGUGAUUCGUGAUUUUGCCGGGCCCUACUUCGUUUCGGAGGACAACAUGGCAUUCGGGCGACCCACUCGUUUCCUGCGAUUGCAUCCCAAAUACGUAGAGGGCGGCAGCUACGCCUGGGACGAGGCUGUGUCCAAGGCAUCCGUGCUCUAUGGCACCCGGAUGCACAACAUCUUCUGCGACAAUUGCCACUCGCAUGUGGCCACCGCUCUGAUAAACAUGCGCUACAAGAACAGCACCGGCUGGAAUAUGAUUAUCCUCAGCAUGUGGCUCUUCAUCUGCGGGCGCUACGUUGGAAUUUGGGGCUUUAUCAAGACCUGGCUGCCGUUUUCGAUUCUCCUCACUGUCUGCAUACUGCUGGGCGUCUACUUUUAGUGACUAAGAUUAUGUUUAAUAACAUUCGUCUGUGUAUAAUUUAGAAGAGUAUUGAAAGAACGGCACGGAAGCAAUUAAGGUAACUUAGCUGAAGCACUUUAUCUAUGUAUUUAUGUAUGUCGUGCAAUAAACUAAACGUUUUAUUCAUUUA